CAUUCUUCCCCACAUCCAUAAUGGCAAUUUUCAAAUCAACACAAUCGCCUUUGGGUUGGCCCCUCUUCUCCAAUUUCCCUCACCCCCUUUCCCCAUCGCAAUUUCCCCACUCUCUCCCAUUUCCAAUUGGCCACAUUCUUCCCCCCACCCAUAAUGGCAAUUUCAAAUCACGAUCACCUUGGGGUUGGCCCAAAUUGGCCCCUUUCCCCACCCCUUUUCCACCCAUCGCAAUUUCCCCACUCUCCCAUUUCCAAUUUACCCAUUCUUUCCCACCUCACACCCAUAAUGGCAAUUUUCAAAUCAAAAUUGCGCGGGCCCAUUUACAAUCGGCCACUCUUUCCAUAUUGCCCAUCUUUCCCAUUAGCAGAAAAAAUCAACCCAAUGGAAACAACAAAAUCUCCAUUUUACAGUAUAACAAUAUGAUUCAACAUUGGGUCAAUUCUGGAAACAAUGGAUUCAAACGAGUUUCGAUCAACGACCUAAGUAAUAUUGAAAGUAAUUUACAACUAUGAGGAGAGAAUUCGGGGAUUUUCUCUAGUAAUGAUUCUUGUCAAGAAAACUAUCAACUAGAUUGUCCUCUGUGUAUUUAGAUGAAAGAAUAUUAGUACUCGUUGGUAUUUCGUCUGCCAAGUCUACUUGGGUAAAUUCUUCCAAUAAAUCCAUACGAUCGUGA